AUGAGUCAGCAGCUUUUGAGUUUGUCCAUUAGUCUAGAUAGGGUUCAAAGCGAUCUUCCCAUCGCUUUAGCAAAGUGUCAAGUUCGCGGUCUUGUCCACAGUGCUACCUGGCUCGCAGAGUUAUUGCUGUCUACCCAACAGAAUUCGCCAAAUUCUUACCCUGUGGCGCAGUUGGAAGGUUCUCCUGGGUCUCUUAUCGCAGCCCAAUACAGUGGCCUUUCUUGUGAAAAUUUUUCCAAGUAUAACCUAGCCAGAUGCUACUUCGACAUUCAAGAGUACGCGAGAUGUGCUCAUCUGCUGGCGUCGAUUCCAAAGCAUAAUUCCCAUCCACUGAUAGAUUUCCUCCAGUUUUAUUCUCGUUACCUGUCGAUCGAAAAGCACAUGACCGACGAUUCAAUUACGAAUAGAGAUACAUCGAACUAUGCAAAAUGUGGGUCUGCAUUACCAUCUGAAAUUUACAGGGAUGACCUUUCUGGGUUGAAAUCAGACAUGGAGCAGCGCUAUUGUGACGUUGAGCAUACGCAUGAGUGCUCUCUUGAUGCAUUUCUGUCGUCUACCGUCGAUGUUUACACCGCGUAUGUGUAUGCUCUUGUCCAAAUACGAUUAGGAUUUCAAUCUGUGGCCUUAAAAACAUUGGUUCAUCUUGUCAAGAAGGAUCCAUUGUUGUGGCCAGCAUGGUCGGAGUUAGUCAACCUCUUUGAAGACCGGGAGAAACUGGAUCGUUUUUUCCCCCCUUCCACUUCGUCCGAUAGCUCCAACUGGAUGCUGGAGUUUUUUCGCGCAAAGGCACUCCUGCACAUUCAGGAAUCAGAGCGUGCGCUUUCAGCACUUACGGCUCUGUCAAAUAAUGGAUUUCACAACAGUCUCAAUCUUCAAGCUGACAUUGCUGACGCUCACGAAAGACUCCGUGAUUUGGAUACUUCUGUUGAAAUUUAUAAGAAGAUAUUUACCAUUGACCCAUAUCGCCUGACGGAUACAGAUAUUUUCUCCAACGUCCUAUUUGUUAGGGGUGAGCAUAAUGAACUCGCCUACUUGGCAAGAAGGUGUGCUGAGAUAGAUAAGUACAAGCCUGAGACAUGCUGUGUUCUGGGCAACUUCUACGGCCUUCGCAGUCAACAUGACAAAGCUGUACUCUACUUUCAGAGGGCCUUGCGAUUACAACCGAGAUAUGCACUGGUCUGGAUCCUUCUUGGUGGGAAUAGUACAAUAGUUUUCAUUGCAGGUCAUGAGUACGUGGAGCUGCAACAUUUGAAGCUAGCGAUAUAUGCCUACAAUCAGGCCAUACUGCAUAAUCGACACGAUCAUCGUGGUUGGUACGGUUUGGGCCAGUUGUAUGAAUUCAUCAAACAGCCAGAACAUGCGUUAUAUUAUUACAAACGUGCUCAAUAUCUCUGUCCAACAGACUCAAGAGUGAUAGUAGCACUUGGGGAUAUGUACGAGAAGCUAGGCAACGUGCAAGCUGCGAAGAAGUGUUUUUGGCGUGCCUACUGUGUUGGCGACAUGGAGGGCUCCGCGCUCGCCGCUCUGGCUCGGUGCUUUGAAAAGUCUGGCGAGUCCUGCGAGGCUGCUGCGGCGCAUACCCAAUUUAUCAGGCAGUGCGAGACUAGAGGGGUAAGCAACGAGGCGGAUUUGGGGCAAGCCUAUCGUUAUCUAGCCAACUACCAUUUCAAGCACGGCCAUCACAACGAUGCGGUGAUUGCUAUAAAUAAGUGUCUUGAUUUCCCCGAGAUACGGGAAGAGGCUAAAGCGUUAUGUCUCCAACUCACGCUUCUCUCUGGUUCUGCGCCCUCUACCAGCGAGUGUCAGGCCUCAGAGAAGCUUGCCAUCAGCCUCGGCAACAGCAAAGCUAACGAAAGGGACACUUUGACAUCUCGACCGCGCCUCAAAGCUCGAAGGCGCCUAAAACAGAGUGACUUCACAUCCAAUACCGGCGAUGUAUCUGCGGGGAGCACUGAUUUUGCAGAUGCCUCCACCAACCAAACCGAUGAUGCCGACUUUGACUGA